UUUUUUUUACAUUUUUGAACUUCGAUUCAAUAUUUAAUCGUGCUAAUUAUUGCUCCAAGGAAUUAUUAAAAAAUUUAAAAAAUACAUAUUCAAUUGCAUUUUAAAAAUUUCUUUUUUCGCGGUGGUCGCGAUUUUGAAUUCAAACACGGUUGAUAAGAAGAGCGCUAAAACUCAGCCGGUAACUGUGCGUUCCGGAAACAGCGUGGAAAUCACCUAACUUUUCGAAUUGAAUAAAACAAGUUUAAAUAUUACAAAAACAACUAUAAUUAGCGAUGUCGAAUGUAUACAGACAAGCAUUAAAUUCAUUGCAACCUGGUACGCAAAAUGCUCUUGUAAUCGGCAUAAUUGUAAAUAGUUUCAACAUGAAAGUAAUCGACGCUGCGCGAACAAGAUUUAACAAUGGUGAACGAGGAGUGUGGACAUUCACGUUACGCGAUUCAGAAGAAGAUUCCAUAAACGUGACCGUAUGGGGAAGCGUACAAUUCGUCGAAAAACUGUCUUCCGAUUUCCAUAUCGGUAGUGUUGUGGAAGUAAUUAAUCCAAAAGUGGUAGAACGUCGUCCGGAGGACAAGAACGAACAUUUUGUGCCAUGGGUAUCUAACUCGUGCAAUCUAACCGUAAAUGAGGGCAACUCGUUGAUACAAGUCCAUGACGCACCGACGCGCGCAAAAUACGAACCUUUGCUGAUGCUCCCGAUUAAAAAGCCGACCGAGUUGCGAAGUCUGAAAAGCAUUUUUGAUAACUUGGAGACGUUGCGCGAUCAAUACGUCGACAUUAUGGUCGUCGUUACCUUUAUUAGUGAUAUUCGCAACGUGAUAACACGUGACGGAAGAAACAUAAAAUUUCGUAGCUUCGAGGCAACAGAUGCAACCACGGUUGACGUUGUAUCUUUAAUAUUAUGGGAAAACGAAUGGAUUGAAAGAGGCGCUCUCUGGCAGCCUAAACGAACCGUGCUACUUCUCACAGAUGCUCGUAUCGCUUAUAACAAUUUUAGGAAAAAGCUCGCAUUAUCCAUAGUUAAAAAAACUAUGAUCACCGAGAAUCCUAAUACGCCAGAAGCAACAUCUGUAAGAAGCGCGGUGCAGUGCUUUGAUCAUGACAUAAUGUCCGGAAACUUCGCGACGCCAAAUCCGGACAGCAUUACAACAAUAAUGACUAUACAAGAUAUCUCGGAUAAAUUGAACAAAAAACCAAAGCACGGAGAGAGAAUUCAAUUCGCUACGAUUUUAAAAGCCAACGUAAUGGAUAUAAAUGUGGAUAGUUUUAGCCCAGGGACAAUAACUACAAGAUGCGCGUUAUGCAAGAGAAUUGUUCCCGAUGCUCAAGAUUCAUGUAUGAACCUCGAGUGUCCUUCGGGCAACGGAAGCCGCGUGCCUUUGAACGCAACGUGCCUCAAUUUGAAAGUAAAUCUGAAAGAUGACACGGGCUACCUUAUUGGCUGUCGAUUGUCUGGAGAAGCGGCUGAACGGGUCAUUGGAUGCACGGCUGCCGAAUUUCAGAAAAUGACAUAUCCACAACGCGCAGACUUGAAGUGGAAGUAUGUGCUGGAAACAUGCGAUAUUCGCUUGCAUAUACUAGGUCCAACAUCCACGAUUCCAACUGCUAUAUAUAAUAUUCUAUCGAUUUCCCGAAUCGCAGACGAAGAGGAAGAUACAGGAUUAAUCGAGAAAUGUUUCGAGGGAGUUGACUAUUAAACAUGUUAUUUUCUUAAUUAUCAUUGUUAAAAGCUAUAGAAUAUGAUAACAUUGUAUGAUGUAAUUUUAAUUUUAAUAAAACGUAAUAUUAAUAAUAAUAAUAAUAAAAUAAUA